AACCAUUUCCAUGGAAAUGACAAAACCCUGAAAAGAAAAAACCCAUUUCCACACCAGAAUCCAUUUUCACCAUGAGAUACCUUUCUCCCAAACUCCCCUCCCUUCCAUGGCCGUCGUCGUCGUCGUCGUCUCGUCUUCUUCUCCUUCGGGUGUCUCAUUUCUCCUCCUCCGCUUCGUCGUCGUCGUCCUCCUCCAAUUCCUACUUCUCUUCGAGGCGGAAGGAAGACGAGUCUCGGAACGUCAAGGUUUCGGUGUGGUGGGACUUCGAGAACUGCAAUGUGCCCUCCGGAAUCAACGUCUUCAGAAUCGCCCCCACCAUCACGGCCGCCAUCAGAGCCAACGGCAUGAAGGGGCCCAUCGAGAUCACCGCCUUCGGCGACAUGUUGCAGCUCUCCAAAUCCAAGCAGGAGGCCUUGUCUUCCACCGGGAUCAAUCUCAACCACAUUCCCCGCGGUGGAAAGAACAGUGCCGAUAGAUGUCUUCUUAUAAAUCUUAUGCUUUGGGUAUCUCAAAAUCCUCCACCAGCACAUCUUUUUUUGAUUUCUGGCGACAAGGAUUUUGCUACCAUUUUACACCGUUUAAGAAUGAGCAACUAUAAUAUAUUGCUAGCAGGUCCGGAACAUACUCAUGGCGUCCUUUCUAGUGCUGCAAGCAUCAUGUGGUAUUGGAAUGAUUUGCUUCGCGGCGAGAACCUUGAUGGAAAAUACUUUAACCAGCCACCAGAUGGUCCUUAUGGUUCUUGGUAUGGCCAUUAUAAAGUGCCUCUUCUAGACCCUUUUCCAGAUCCUGAGCAAUCAGAGGAAUCAUCUGAUUCAGAUGAUAAGCUUCAUCCAGUUCCAAGGGAUCUUUUAAAGCGUAUUCGUCAGAUAUUGAAAUCACACCCCAAAGGACUCCUUAUGAGUGAGCUGCGCAAUAAGUUAGAGAGAAGUGGUUUUAGUUUAGAUAAAGAAUAUUAUGGAUAUAAAAAGUUUCUCCCCUUUCUUGCGGCACAAGAAGACAUUCUUAAAGUUAAGCAAGGAAAUCAUGGUCAAUUCAUUGUUUAUGGCGUCUAUCAAAAAGUUCCUGAAGCUUUUGAGGGAAACGAAGGUAUGUACUCUGUACCUGAUAGUGACAAUGAAAAUGAGGAUGCCAAUGCACCUUCCAAGUUAAGUUGUGAUGAACGCUCUUUACAAAGAUCCCCUGAGAAGCGGUCAAUAAGUCCUUCCUCAGACCAAAAUGAGGUGGACAUCUUGGGAAAGGCAUAUCAGCCUUCUCCCCUUGACGGGAAUGUCACCAAAGCCGUUAAUGCAACAGAAGCUGACAGUUCGUUGCCUCCUAGAGAUGAAAAGAUUGUUGAAACCAUUAAUCCACCAGAAUCUGAUGGUCAGUUUCCUCCUGGAGAUGAGAAGAUUGUUGAAAUGGCUGAUGCACCAGAAUCUGAUGGUCAUCCGCCUGCUCUAGUGGAAGAAGACUCUACUUCUGACGCUGGAUUUUUCAGAAGAAUGUGGAGACAAUGGUUUCAAAGUAAAAGCGGUGAUUUUGAUGUCAAGAGUUGCAAAGAUCAAGAAAAAUAUGGUACAUCUGCCAGUGGUUCUGAGAAGGAAAGUGACACCGCUUUAGAGAAACACUUUACUUCUAAAGAUAGCUCUGCAAAGGGAACUGAUGAGGACAAGGAUUCAAAAUCACCAGUUGGUUUUGUUGAUUUGGAACAUUCUACAUCACAUUCUACGUCCAAUGAGCCGGUCCUUGAUAGGGGAACCGGCACAAGUCCAGCAUUUCUAGAUCGAAUACGAAAUUGGUGCCAAUUUUGGAAAAGUACCUCGGACUUUGACAAACCAAGUGAUCUUUCCUCUGAUAAACCCAACGUGAUCAUUACUGAUUCUGGAAAGGAGCUUUUCUCAAAAGAUUCGUUUUGGAACAGUAUGAAAUCUUUUGUGCAGACACCUGAAGGGUCACUUCUUGUCUCUGAAUCAAAAGCCAGGGAACAGAUGGCUCGCGAUCUUCAAAGUAAAGGACCUGAAUGUCUUCAAUCUCUCGGGGAAAACGAUCUCCUCCACUUAGUUGAUUUACUUAUAUCAGAGAAGAAGUGGGUAGAAGAGUGCCCCUCUGAAGUUUUCCCUUUCAAACUCACUCAGGUCGAAAAGAGUUUGUCUUUAGAUCAUUCGAAAGGGUUGAGUUCUAUUCUUGCAGGCACAUCAACAUCCACCUCGGAGAGUUUAUCCAAGCACGAUGGAGAAGGAAAAUCUGAGAAUGUUUCUCAUGUUGAGUCUUCUUCUUUCACCAAACGUAAACUUCCAGUGAAGUCCAGGGACGAGGUAUUGGCUGACUGUCAAAUGCUUGUAAACGAGAUGAUGAGAGAGCAUCCCGGAGGAAUUCUUGUAGGGUUGUUUAGAAAACAUUUCCUUCAAAAAUAUGGAUAUCAUCUUAAUCCACAGCAACUUGGUUUUGAAAGGUUGAGAUCCCUGUUAAGGACUAUGUCUGGCGUGAAACUACAGGGCGGUUAUCUCAGUCUUUCGAGUAUUACCUCCAACACUGCAAGCUUGGAAGCUACUGUCCCUGAUAAGCAAGAAAAUAUCAGUCAUACAGUAGCCUCAGAUAUUGAAUUAUCCGGUGAAUCAAAGAGUGAUGACAGUGAUGACUCACUGUGGGAAGAACUAGGGCCCAUUGUCUCCCCGAAGUUCAAAAUUAAACCGGGAUCAGCCAGGAAGAGUGCAGCCAAAUCGGCAGACAACCAGAACAAUUUUGAUUAUGAACCUGCCAUUUCGGAUGAUGAAUUUUCUGAUCCAGGAGAAACAUUUCCUGCAAGCGGUGCAGAAGGGAAUAGGAAGGGCGGUUCAGAGGAGUCUAGCUCUCUACUUCAAAUCCUCGAUUCUUGGUACAGCAGCAAGGGCCGCGACAAUUGCAAGGACUCAGAGAAUGUAGAUGGGGCGGUUGCUUUGGGAACAAACACUGCCAAGUUAUCUGAUUCAUUUAUUCUUGGUCCCAAGAGUGAGACUUCUUUGAAGAGCCAAGGGAGGAAGCAUAGGCCUCAGAAGACAUACUCUUUUGUUACAGACCCAGAUAGUAAGGACAACAGGGAGAAGCUCGUCGAUGGCGUUCUAGAAAAUCUAAGAAAAUCCAAGGCCAUGUGCGAGUAAGAGGGAGGUGGCCAUACAAAUUAUUGUUUCCUAUUAAUGGCGGGGACCUUGGAAUUCAGGUGAUUAGUUCCACAUUAAAGAAAGUUUAUGGUAAUUCUAGGAGUUAACAUCGUCAUUGUUGUGAGGUUUAGGUUUACAUUGAUGCCAUUUUUGUUACUCGUAUCAUUAUGGAAUUAGGAAUUCCAAAUAUGGAAAACUAAAGGUGGAUAGAGAGGAAAAAAAAAGAUGCGAAUCUCUAAAUUUAAGGAUGCAUCCUUAGAUAUAUAAGUUCGAAUUUUGGAAUGAAGUAAUAUUCCAAACGAGCAAGUAAUAUUAUUCUUACUCAUC